AUGAACGAGUCAGUUAGUAGCCCAAUUAAGGCGACAUGCAGAGACAUGGCCUUAAAAAGUAGUUUACAUUCCUUUACCUUCAGUCUCAAAGAUUUUGACAUUGCUGGAUUUCUGGGGGAUGGGGCACAUGGAAGUGUAUUCUUAGCAUGUGAAAGACGAACAAAUUUUAUCUGUGUUUUAAAAUGUAUAUCUAAAUCACACCUAGUCAAAAGUACACAAGAAGCGCUUUUAAGAAAAGAAAUUGAACUCCAAGCUCAUUUAAAACAUCCCCAUAUAGCAUGCAUGUAUACCUGGUUCCACACAAGUAGCCAUGUGUUUUUUGUUAUGGAGUAUUGCUCGAAUGGUGAUUUGUUUACCUACUUAAAUGAGCAUGGACCAUUUUCAGAAAAAAAAGUUGCUACUAUGCUGUUCGAAAUAAUUUGGGCAAUAAGAACUUGUCAUGAUAAAAGAAUAGCACACUUAGAUCUUAAACCAGAAAAUGUUUUAGUAAAUCAUGAAGAAAAAUGUAAACUUGCUGAUUUUGGAUUAUCUGCACAUAUAGGAUCUAAACAUAAAAAAAAAGGAAUUUCACAUUAUAGAGGUACUCAUGAUUAUUGGUCUCCUGAACAAUGUGCUAGACAUCAAAAAAAAAAACAAAACUUUGGAGAAUUUGAUCAAAAAACAGAUAUAUGGACGCUUGGUAUUUUAGCUUUUGAAUUAAAAUUUGGUAGACCACCUUUUGGAUCAACGAAUGAAGAAAGAGAAGAUGUUAUUAUGAACAGAAUACAAGAAUAUCAUUGGAGUCAAUUAUUUUCUGAAAAAGUUAAACAAGAUUUAAUAGAUAAAUUAUCUCCUGAAUUUAAAAGCUUUCUAAAUCAAUGUUUAGAUAAAAAUCCAAAAAAAAGACCAACUGCUGAAGAAUUAAUUCAGCAUCCUUUUAUUUUUAUUCAUAAUAAAAAUAGACCAUGUAUUAAAUCUUAUGCUACACAACCCAGAGGAAAACAAGGCCCCAAACUAAGUCACAAAGGGUUUAAUGAGCAAGAUGGUUCUUUUCUUACUCCCAUUUGGUUUCAUAAUAAAUAG